CAUAACAAGCUUGUCGUUUUCAACCAUCAUGGCUAACCCACGAAAGUUCAGCGAGAAGAUAGCCCUCCACAACCAGAAACAGGCGGAGGAAACGGCCGCCUUUGAGGCUAUCAUAAAGGAAGUAACGAGUGCCACCCGUGGACAGGCGUAUCCGAGGCAGCACCUUCCAAUAUCGCAGAAUCUCGGCGCGUACCGAGGCGGGUCUCUGCCGAACGUCAAUCAGAUCGGACCAGGGAUAGACUUGCAGACGGCCCUGCAGCACCUGGAAGACAUACGGCAGCCGGACACGAAGCAGGCGAGGUCGAAUCUGGUGGAGCGCAUUCACCGGGAGAGGAGCAGACAGAUAGGGCCACACAGGCGAGCCCUGCCCGUCGACAAACGUACAGAUUGCUCUCCAUACGGAUCGGCAUAUUUAUCACCCCCGCCGGACACUAGCUGGAGAAGAACAAAUUCUGACUCUGCGUUACACACGAGUGCGAUGGCGCCCUCUAUGAAUAACCACCACUUGACGAGCCCGUCGACUCCGCCAACACACCGCAGAAUUGCUGAAAUGGUGGGUGAAAAUGUUGCAGCUCAAGACAGCCUCAACAUGAAAUCUUACUGGGAUCCCAAGAAACUUGUACAGUCAAGACCGAAGUCAUGUGAAGUUCCAAACAUUAAUAUCUACCCGUCACCGCAGAGUGAACAGGAAUCGAACAACAUUCACAUCCCGAUCUCCAACAACACUGGCUCCCUGCCUGACCUGACGGUGCUGCACUUCCCGUCGCCCCUAGCAACGCCGCUGGACGUGGACGGCGACCAAUCGUACGUGACGGGCACGAGCCCCGUGAACCUGUCGCCGACCAACGCCCACCACAUGAACAUGGGCUCGCCCCAGCACGCCAGUCCGCAGAGUCCCGUGCAGAGACGCAGACACGUACAGGCCGUGCCCAGUCCGCUCGUACUCAACAACGCAAAUCAAAUGCAGAUUCCUCUCUCGCCACCGGUUUCCACUGUGGAUCCUAGUAACUUGUGUGUCGACCCUAGAAUACGACAACAGUACUUGUUAUAUUUACAACAACGGCAGCGGGCUAACAAUGGUCAGGCCCCUCGCCACCGGUCUCAGCCCAGACUUUCUAUAUUUAAUAACGUCCAUCACACGAUGUCACCCGUUCAAAUGUCAGCAUCGUGUGAACAAGUACAACAAACACAGGCGUCGAUGUCUCAGUACAGAAACAGCGUCUCCGACUCAAACUGCCAGUCCCCGACGUCCCCCCUCUCCCAGCCCUCAUACUCCCCCUCCCAGUCUCCCGGCCUGUCGUCCACAUCGAUGAACAACAACUCACCGUUCGCAGAGGCCUACUUCAUUCAGCAGCAGCAGCAGACGAACGCAUUACAGCAUCAAUUUGAACAGUUCAAUAUGGACAAUCCACCAAACUCAACAAUAGACUCCAUGACAAACUGUAGCACAACGUACUCUAACACUCACCCCUCGCUGAACUUCUCACAAGCAGUCCUCCACAGCCUGACGGGCAGCCUCGACUACCAGGGGCAGCAACUCUUCCACGGUAUUGACCUGAACAACUUACAGCAGCAACAGCAGGGCAUGCCGAUGAAUCAGACGCCCACGUCGCCGCACCAUUCGCAGACUCUACACGGACAGCAGCUGUCACCAUCGGCCAACAACAAAAUACCUGACAUUGUACUCACCGGGACCACUGGAUUGCAGGGGGGUGACAGCUUAUUCAUUGUUGAACCGUGGCUAUAUUGUAGUGCUGAUGAUAAUUUAGGUCGACCUCCGCCAGAUUUUGCCAAAGAUCUUGGGAACGCCAUCACGGGGAUGGCCGAUGGUUUUGACACAGACUUUUUCUCAACGGACGAGGCUUUCAAAGCGGGACUUGAUCCCCUGGACCUUGAUGGACUGCAGAUGUUAACGGACCCAAACAUGGUCACGGAUCCCGCUACAGAAGACACGUUUAAAUUAGACCGGUUAUAAUGCACAGACACACAGUCACACAUUUAAAAAAAAAAAAAAUCAUCUCAUUUUCCUUUUUUAAAAAAAACAACAAACAAAACAAAACACUUAACACAAUUUUUUCUCAUAGCUUAAGAGUGGCGGUCGACACAGUGCCACUCUGCUUUUCGCACGUAGCUCACCGAAAUGGUUUCCAUGACGAUGAUGGCUUUAAAAUAAAAUUUACAUAUAUAAAUAUAUAUAGAUAUAUAUAUAUAUAUUUAAAUGUUCAAAACAUAUAUGUGCUCUGACCGGUCAGUUUGUGUGCCAAUUGUGCUUGUUGCCAUGACAACUGUUCUGUUGUGUGUUCAUUUUGGCAUCAAAGGAUGUGGAAAUGUUAAUGAUGGAUAAUGGCUUGUGCAGUCAUUAAAAAAAGGUUAAAACGUUCAGCUGGGAUAUGGCUGGCAUUAUCAUGAAUUCGGCAAUAUAAUAUAUAUCAAGCCUCGUGGAUUGAGUCCGGUUUCAUGUGAAGUGCUACAGAGAUUUUGUGCAGUCAUU